UGCUAUCAAUCAUUUCCAGAAAUUAUUAUCAUUCGUAGGAGAAGAGAAGGGGCUUAACUGACAUCACAGCACAGUAACAUUAUUUUCACCGAUUUUAGUUCGUCGAUGGCAGCGGAGACGGAGGCGGUGCUGCGGCGGAGGAACGAGGAGUUGGAGAGAGAGCUGAAGAAGAGUUUGGAGAGGGAGGAUAGAAUGAAGGAGGAGUUGAGGAGUGCGUGGGGGAGGGUGAGGGUGGCGGAGGAGGGGGAGGAGAGGCUGUGCUGGCAGCUAGGGGAGCUGGAGGCGGAGGCGGUGAACGAGGCUCGAGAGUACAGGGCGAGAGUUAUGGAGUUGAUGGAACAGCUUUCUGAUGCGCACAGACUUCUUCGAGAAUCUUCUUCUUCUCCGCCAACCAAUGAUGACGUUAAAAACUUGUCAAUAUUGAAAUUAUAAAGUCUUUAGUUAUUUUCUUGUGAGGAGUUGUGUAAUAAUGUUAGAGAGGAAGAGGGUUUUGUAAUUAAUGCUGUAGAUGUAUGUAAUAGUUCUCAUAAUGUUGUUCCAACAUUCGUAUAGUAAAAAGUUGGGGUUAGGGUUCCCUGUAUUAAUGUAAAUUAGCUAGUAGUAUCAGUUAUUUGUGAAA